AUGAAUGAAGAGGUAAAGAAAAAGGACUCGAGCUCCGGAACGUGUAGUAGAAAUCUUUUCAAUGCUUCCUCAAGCCAAAGUAGAUGUGAUAAGAAGGAGAAAGAGUUGGCGGACGAAAAUGAAGUACAACAACCAAAAGAAGGGGGAGCGAAUAUAGAGAAGAACCUGGAGUUGAAUAGGUCUAUUUUGAAUGAGGUGGAUAUUGAGACUGUUGCCGAAUCUCUAAGGGCUGUGGAUCUAUCCCUAGCGGCGCCAGUUGUAGAUGAAUGCCAAAAGGCUGCAGUGACUCUAAAGCGAAGAUGGGAGAGAAAGAAAGAAAAGGAAACAAGAUAUUGCAGGAGGAGCUGGUCAAACCCUUUUACCAGAGGUGGUGUUGGAAGCCCAACACCGUAUAUCCCAAUGAAGAUUCUAAGCUGGAACUGCAGAGGUUUGGGGCACCCUCGUGCAGUUCAAGCCUUGUCAAAGCUCACCAAGUUAGAAAACCCUUCCCUGGUGUUCUUGAUGGAAACAAAACUUAAGGCGGAAGAAAUGCAGACGGUGAUGAUUAAAACAGGCUUCAGAUUUGCGCAUUCAGUUGAUUGCAGAGGUAGCAGGAGAGAUAGAGCAGGGGGUCUUUGUCUUAUCUGGAAAGAGCCGGAUUUAAUUAAAGUUCUCUCUUUCUCAGAAAACUAUAUAAGGGGUAGCUGUCAUUUGGAGGAGGACGGUUAUCCUUGGUUUUUUUCAUGUUUCUAUGGUUUCUCGGAGGAACAUCUCAAAAGAGAAUCGUGGAGAAUGGUCCAAGAGGUGUCUAAGGAAUGUGAUGGGAAUUUCAUUUGCUUUGGAGACUUUAAUGAUACGAUCCAAGAAGGAGAGAAGAUGGGAGGCAAUGGCAGGACUUCGAGUCAAUUCGCGUGGGGUAGGCAAACUCUCGAGACUUGUAAUUUAUUGGACCUGGGCUUUUCGGGUUAUAAAUUUACUUGGACGAAUGGGAGAAGGGGAACGAAGAAUAUUCAAUGCCGGCUUGAUAGGGCCCUUGCAAAUAAUUCCUUUUUGGAGUUAUUUCCUCUUUCGUCAAAUCUUCAGGAUGUUUUCAAGGAGUAUAGAUCGGGCAACAUAAAUAAAGAGCUGAAAAGGAUUGAGGGACUGCUGCAGGAAGAGGUUAGGUGGUUUGGUAAGGAAGAAGACAUCAAACAGUACAAAGCUUUAGAGCACCAAAGGAACAAACUUCUUUGCCUUAAGGAGACAGUGUGGAGGCAAAGAAGUAGAGCAGUGUGGUUAAAGGAGGGAGAUCGAAACACCAGAUUUUUCCACGCCAAAGCCAACCAACGGAGGAAGACUAAUCGAAUUAAACGAAUGAUGGAUUCUAGCAGAAGGUGGGGGAGCGGUCCUGGUAAAUGUGAGAAGAUUCUUCUUGAGUAUUUUGAAGGAAAUUUUUCCUCUUCGAACCCUUCGGAAAUCUCGAGUGUUUGUAGUGUUACCCAGAAGAGACUUUCAAAGACACAGAAAGAGUGGUGUGCUAAACCUUUUUCUCCAGAAGAGGUAAAAAUUGCUCUUUUUCAAAUGAAUCCCAGUAAGGCCCCUGGCCCUGAUGGUCUGAACACAUGUUUUUUCCAGAAGUAUUGGAAUAUUGUUGGAAAGGAUGUUGUUAGCGCUGCGCUGGAUAUCCUAAACAACGGCAAAGAUUCGGUGUCGCUGAACUCCACUUUUAUCUGCCUCAUUCCAAAGUUAAAAAACCAUAAAGCUCUUAAAGAUUUUAAGCCGAUUAGUCUCUGCAACGUCGUCAUGAAGGUGAUUACCAAAUCCAUUGCUAAUAGGUUGAAGGAUAUUUUACCAGACAUCGUUAGUGAAGAACAAAGUGCGUUUGUUAAAGGGCGUCUAAUUACGCACAAUGGCUUAAUUGACAUGGAUUGUUUCCAUUGGAUGAAGAAUAAAAAGGAAGGGAAGAAAGGGGUUAUGGCUUUGAAGUUAGAUAUGUCGAAGGCAUAUGAUCGUAUGUUUCAUCUUGCAGCUGAGUCUAAAGAUCUCCACGGGAUUAAGGUGGCUAGGCAGGCUCCAUCUAUUUCUCACCUUUUCUUCGCAGAUGAUAGUCUUUUAUUUGCUAGAGCUAAUGAAGCAGAGGCUGAUAGAAUCCUUUAUCUACUCCAGAGGUACCAAAAAGCUCCAGGUCAGAUGGUGAAUAUUGAUAAGUCUGGAGUUUCUUUCAGUGGCAAUGUUAGUGAGUAUUCAAAGGAGGUUAUCCGUAGGAAACUUGGCUUCAAGUGUGUCAACACUCACACUAAAUACUUGGGGCUGCCGGUGGUUUUUGGGCGGUCGAAGAAGGAAGUUUUUGCGCUGGUUCUGGAUAAAGCGUGGAAAAAAGUUAAGGGCUGGAAGGAAGGUUUCUUAUCAAAGGCGGGGAAAGAAGUUCUCAUUAAAGCCGUGGCGCAAACGAUCCCGACAUACAUCAUGAGUUGCUACAAGAUCCAGGAUAGUUGUUAA